AUGGACAUUUCACAUGUCUUCACGCAGCCACGGCCGGCCGGGAUUGAUCUAAAUGAGAACAGGACACCCAAGGAAAAUGAUGUCGUUAUUUCGAUAUGUGCUGUUGCUGCACUGACCGUGGUUCUUCGGUUUGUGGUAAGGAUAUACUACCAGCGAUCCAGGCCGGAGGUCGAUGACUGGUUGAUUGCGGCGUCACUUGUUCCUUUGGUUGGAUUACUUGCAGCAGCUGUGCUUUGCGGAGAACAUGGCUUGGGCAAGCAUAUCUGGAGUGCAACGGUUGGAGACCUGAUUCUUUUGCGAAAGACCCUCUUCGCAUACCUAUUGAUCUACCUCGCCGAGCUCCUCCUUAUCAAAGUCUCGAUACUGAUGUUCUACCGCCGAAUAUUCGGCAUGACUUGGUCAAUUUUGACCUGUCUCUUCAUCAGCUAUAGCUGGGCCAUCGGUAGUAUGAUUGCGACAAUAUGCUCCUCCGACCCAGUCUCAUACUUCUGGACUCAAGGGACCAACUCAAGCCUUGGCAAAUACCGAUUCAACUUCUACAAUUAUCUUAUCGGCAAUGCAGCUACCAAUGUCGUGACAGACGCGUUGAUCUUGCUUAUUCCUAUACCGAUUGUGUGGAGCUUAAAGAUGCGAACAAUGCAAAAGUGCCUGCGUCGCAAGCAUCGUCCGAAUCCACUACAUAACCUUCCUAAAAACAAGCAUCGACCUGUCAUGGGUGAUAAGCGAUGUAUACGUAUGGUCAAUCGUCGAGCCAUGCGUUGGAAUCGUCUGUGCAUGUCUACCAGCCCUACAACCGUUCCUCCGUUUAAUAGCGAAGAAACUAUCAAGCUUACCACUCCGUCAAAGCAGGGGCGUGAACAAGCUAUCUUCUAG